AUACAGCUGAAAAAUUUACUGUGUGGAACAUUACUGUAGUUUUCACUGUAUCGAUACAUUACAUAUACAAUCUUGCAUUGCCAUUGCUUCACGCUUCUCGUAAAAUAACGGACAUCCUUAUCUGUUACGGACCAGAAUAGGCCUGUCUUUAAAAAUUACCAAAUUUUGGUACUCUCGUGACAAAAUGAAGUCGUCUUACAUUUUCUCUCGUCAAUGGGCGCUGUUUUUAGCAGUGUGUUGGCUUUUUGUUCACGAAUGUUUGGCGGUAAAGGAUUCGGGGAGCGUGUUGGAUCCCUCGACUCUGUCGCCGAUGGACAGAGACGUAAGGCUUAAAGGCGGUGCCCAGCCUUGGGAAGGUCGCAUCGAGAUCUACAGCCAGAGUUCUGGUGAGUGGCAUACUCACUGCAAUACGCCGAGACGGGAAGAGUUCUACCACGUUGUGUGCCGUAGGCUCGGCUACAAUGGAUUCCUCAGAGACCUCAGGGGCACGGAAUUCAAGAAGAGUUCGCUGGUUCCACUUCGAGGUUAUUUUGAAUGCAACAAAGAUUCGACGGACCUGCACAGUUGCUUUUUCAAGGAAGGCGAUGGCUGCAAAAGCAACAAUGAAGAAGUUGGAAUCGUAUGCUCGGCAGUAGUUCAGUCGUGCGGACCUAUCACUUUCCAGAGGGACGAUCACCGUGUAAUGCACCCCUUUAGACUGAGCUAUCCAGACAAAACUCGUGUGACCGUCAGGUGUCCCGGGGACCCCAGUAUCUCGGGUAUGAUGAAGUGUGUCAAUGGUCACUGGGAGUGGGAAGGAGAGGAGCCACCGGCCUGUCCACCUAGAGCUGAUGAUACAAUUACGUGUCCUGCUCCCUUUUAUGACACACGUCACACCUUCCUACUUCCGGCGAAGUUGACUUACCGCUACGACGAAACGUUCGAGAUCGUGUGCAUUGAUCGCUCUGAUGCAACGAAGCUGAGAUGCGGGGAUGGUGGUCGACUAGAAUGUUAUGAUGGAGGAGACGGCUGCAUCCCAGAAGCUCCUAGCUGCGUUACUCCUUCCCGUAGACCUACAGAUGAUCAUUUGCUGUUGGUCGGAGGCGACAAAUCAACAAAAGGUCGUGUGCUCGUGAAUCGUGAUGGACAAUGGGGAUCUAUCUGUGCGGAUGGCUGGAACCUUGCAAACGCCAAUGUCAUCUGCGCUGAGUUAGGGUUUGGUCCCGCCAGGAGACUCGACUCUCCAAAGUUUCCGCCAGGGCCCAAGCGAUACUUGUUCAAGGAAGUGAGGUGCAGCUCUAGCGAUACGAACAUUUUGGGUUGCAGCAUUAAGCACAUGUCUGUUGGCGACAAGUGUCAUUCAGAUUAUGAAGUAGAAGUUGACUGCUCUCCUGAAGAACCACACUCGUAUUCCUUUCGUUCAAACUGCGGACCACCGAGUCUUCCUCAAAACACAUUUGCCAAGCCAUACAAACAUGUGUACAAUACAGGAGAGAUGGUGACGCUCUUUUGUGGUGGAAAACCUACCAAGAAAGUUGAACUAACAUGUUCUUCGGAUGGGCUAUGGAGUGGUGACGUCAUCGACUGUGGUGUGCAUGCGCCAUUGGAACCACACUCGUAUUCCUUUCGUUCAAACUGCGGACCACCGAGUCUUCCUCAAAACACAUUUGCCAAGCCAUACAAACAUGUGUACAAUACAGGAGAGAUGGUGACGCUCUUUUGUGGUGGAAAACCUACCAAGAAAGUUGAACUAACAUGUUCUUCGGAUGGGCUAUGGAGUGGUGACGUCAUCGACUGUGGUGUGCAUGCGCCAUUGGAUUCAACACAGAUUGUAAUCGGGAUAGGAAUUAUUUGUCUACAUAUCGUCAUUUCCAUCAUGAUAUCUCGCCGCAGUACUCCAAGGCAGCAGCCAGUAGCGGAAGUAAGGGAUGAUGCCCCGCCGCCUGGCAACGAAGCUGAAGCUCAACCAACCAAUCAGCAGUCUGUGCAACCACUACGCCGCCCACAAACCGUUGAGAGUAAACAAGUGUAAAAUCAUAUGAGUUCCACAGGGAGGUUUCCUGUCCCCCUUUUUAUUUGGGCUAUUUAUGCUAAGAACUUCAUUUAUACCUCUCUGUAAGAAGUAAUUGAUUGAAUAAAAAGAAAUGGAGAGGGAAGGGAAUUUAUGAAUAUGAUUUCGAACUUAAGUCUUUGGAAAGUUUUAAUGAGAAAAUAUCCAGUACAAAAUCCAUUCAUUUCGUUGUUUGUAUUUCCGAACAUGAAAAUGAAUACUCAUUAACAUAAGUUGUGGUGACGGGAUAAAAAUAUAUUCAAUUUAUGUAUUUUUUUUCUUACCCUUGACUACGAUUAUCAUUGAUUAUUUAGUUUCAUUAACCAUAAAGACGGAACUAUUUCAUGUAUUAAAAUUUUAAUUAUUGUAAUCUCAGAAUAAUUGGAGAAGAAUUCGGUAUGCGCGAAGUGGUAAAUAAAUUGUGCAAACCAAUCAACAGAAAAUGGAGAGGUUUGUAGUCCAAUCAAAGUAAUGAUAACAGGAGAUUAACAGGAGGCUAAAAAUUUAAGGGAAAGUUCAAUUCAUGCCAAGUUGAUAAGGGGUUAUCAGACCAUUAAACUUUAUCAGCUAUUCACCCUCAGGUCACACGGGCCUAAUUACAACUGGCAGGCAAAAAUAUUCAUUCGACCCAACCCAUUCUGAAUUUUUAAAUUUGAUGUUGCUGAUUGACAAAAAUGAAUAAAUAUGACUGACAAUCUAACACUGAUUCUAGGGAGGGUACCUACUGAACUUCCUUUUUUCCAAAUUGGAAAGAUAUAUCACAACUAUUGACCUCUAUUCUUUCUGGCGGAAGAAUUAGGGCCAUUUUACUCUCUCAAGUGAUGAAUUUGAUCCCGUCAGGUGAAGUCUUCAUAAAUGCUGAUUUAUUUUUUAAAUGAGCCGGUCGAGGUACCCUUUUCUGGUCAGAUAUGGAAUGUCAGACAUUUAUCCUAUCCACUGGUAGUAAACAUUCAACCCUCGAAUUUCCUCCUUAUUUUUAUAAAAAAAAUUUAAGUGCCACUUUGACACACGAGUCUAUGGGAAAUGAAUUAGGCCUGUAAUACCCUCAGCAAUAAUAUACCCCCAUCUAGCGUAAACUUUCAUAAAGAUGGCGCUCUCCAAAAGAUAUUCAUCAGACAUGUACUCGACCUAUUUGAAAUAUAGCGUGUGAGUAAAAAAAAAUAGACACAUCACAAAUCCCCAAUUUAAGGGGGGGGGGAAAUGUCAUAAAGGAUAAAGGAAAUAAAAUAAAUAAAUGAAAUAAAUGAAUUUGAAUUUGAAUAAACGCAUACUCAUUUUAUAUCGCUGGAAAUAGUAUCUUCUCCGAAAUAAUUUGAUACCAUAUUCAUGUGGUACGUGUUAGUGCUUGGAUGAUCAGGAGGCAUUCUUUGCAGUGAUGUAAAUUUUGACAUGAGUUAGUAAAUAUUAUGUCCAAACCUACUUUUCAAUAAAAUUAGCAAGAAAAUUGAAUCUAAAGUUACCAAUUAUAAUGUACUUUAAUGAAAAGUUGCUUUGAAAUGUGUUUUAUUGCAACACUUGUAGGAUUAU